CUGCUGCUUGCUACAGCUUCGUGUGUCGCAGAAAGCUAUGCCUCUUUGGAUGCAUUAUUUUAGUCACUCUUCCCAAUCAUCUUAUUGGUAACUGCUAUCCUCAUUUCACAGGGGAAGCAUCUGAAACUCAAAAAGCUUCAAUAACCAGCCCAAGGCCACCCAGCUGGUGGGGUUUGCACCUGGACCUGCUCUAGUCCAGAGACUGCCCCUUCAGAACCACCCUGUGCUAUGUCUGUUGGUAAAUGCCCACUGAAACCUCCCAAAAUAACAACUCUCCCUGCUCCUCUUUCUCCAGGUUCCCGCCAGCGCCCAGGAUCUGCCUGUCUGAGAAGCUCCCUGUCACGAGGCCAUCAAGAAGGGGCCAGCUGUCCCUAUGUUGCCAGCCCCCAGCAUGCAGGAGACCCAGACAAUAGAGUCACCGUCGAUCCCCAGCCGGUCCUCAACCUCCACCCAGGACCGGUCUUCCACUGCGGGCCAAACUUCGAGCACAGCCCCACAGCCCUCAAAGCCUACCCCGAUUAUCCCACCCCUGGCCAAGUCCACGGGCCCAGGCUCUGGGUCUGUGGUCCGGCGGAUGCGCAGGAUCAUCGCUGAGGAUGCUGAGUGGUCGCUGGCCAUCGUGCCCCUCCUCACAGAGCUCUGCAUUCAGCACAUUGUCAAGAACUUCCAGAACAACCCCAUCCUGAAGCAGCUGCUCCCAGAGCAUCAGAAGAAGGUCCUGAACCACCUGUCUCCUGACCUGCCACUGGCUGUGACCGCCAACCUGAUAGAUGAUGAGAGCUACUGGCGCCGCUGCUGCACGCAGCGGUGGCCCGUGUGUCACGUGGACAAUCAUGGCGGCAGCUGGAAGCGCAUGUUCUUUGAGCUGCACCUGGAGAACCUGCUGAAACACUUCAUCCCGAACACCACCGACCCUGCAGUGAUCCUCAACCUGCUGCCGCUCUGCAGGAACUACGUGCGCGCCAUCCGGGUGGAUCAGUUCCUUCCCCCCGUGCAGCUCCCGGCCCCGCCCCGCGGCGGCGAUCAAUCCGAUUCUGGCAGCGAAGGGGAGAUGGAGGAACCGGCCAUGGACCACUACCAACUGGACAACCUGGUGGCUGGCCUGAGCCAUCUGGAGGAGCUGGACCUGGUAUACGGUGUGAAGGACUGUGGCAUGAACUUCGAGUGGAACCUCUUCCUCUUCACUUACCGCGACUGCCACUCCCUGGCAGCCACCGUCAAGGCCUGCCACACCCUCAAGAUCUUCAGGCUGACCCGAAGCAAGGUGGAUGAUGACAAGGCGCGCAUCCUAAUCCGCAGCCUCCUGGACCACCCGGCCCUGGAGGAGCUGGACCUAUCCCACAACCUCAUCGGGGACCGGGGUGCGCGCGCCGCCGCCAAGCUGCUGAGCCACAGCCGCCUGCGCGUGCUCAACCUCGCCAACAACCAGGUGCGUGCGCCCGGCGCCCAUUCGCUGGCUCACGCCCUGGGGCACAACAGUAACCUCAUCUCCCUCAACCUGCGCCUCAACUGCAUUGAGGAUGAGGGCGGCCAGGCGCUCGCCCACGCCCUGCAUACCAACAAGUGCCUCACCACACUGCACCUCGGGGGCAAUGAGCUGUCCGAGCCCACCGCGACCCUCCUGUCCCAAGUGCUCACCAUCAACACCACGCUCACCAGCAUCAACCUGUCCUGCAACCACAUCGGGCUGGAUGGUGGGAAGCAGCUCCUGGAAGGCAUGUCAGACAACAAGACCCUGCUGGAGUUUGAUUUGCGCCUGUCAGACAUCGCCCAGGAGAGCGAGUACCUCAUCGGCCAGGCCCUCUGUGCCAACCGUGAAGCAGCCCGCCAGCGGGCCCUGAAUCCCAGCCACCUCAUGUCCCCAGUCACUGCCAAGGGCCCUGAGAGCCCUGUGGGAUAAGAUGGGAACAGGGCUGGGGCAGUGGCCAGACCUGGGUCACUGCCCCAGCCCCAACCCUCAUUUCAUGCCCCUGCCAUGCCUGCUCUUGAGG